UUGACACUAUGUUGAAAAAUAUAAGUAAUUUUUUAAACAAGCAAACUAUAUUGACAGUUCGUCAUUAUUGCUCGAUGUUGAAGAGGUCUGCUAAAGUGUUAUAUCAAGAUACGGAUACCAGUUUAGAGCUCGUGUUGUCGGAUGGAAACACCGAAGACUGGAAGUCGUUUCUAAAUAUUUGCGAAGUGGCAUUUCAUAAGGACGUCAUAUACAAGCAGAUGUAUCCAGAUUCUGAACAACGUCGGGAAUUUUUGAAAUAUUACUAUGAAUAUUACUACAGGUGCGCAUACAAGAACGACUAUGGGAAGCUUGCUUAUAUUCAGGCAAGGAAUUUAUCUUCCAACACUACAAAUAUGGUUGGGGGACUAACAAUCGUCAAUGGGUGGAACGAACGUGAGCACGAGGACCCUCGAAUGGCAAAGAUAAAUGAAAAAGGAUGGAAAACAUAUUUGAGGCGUAAAAGCUGGGAAAAUGCCAACAUAUUCAGAAAAUUUGAGAAGAUUUCAAGAACUUUGAACAGAGAGUUGGUAUACAUAUCAAGUUUCGUUCUAUUGAACCAAUAUAGGAGCAUCAUACCAGCAGGAAGUUGGGGAAAUCAAUGUCUAAAGCUUCUGUUAGAAGAAUAUUACGGGAGAAAUUGGAAAAAUCGGAGUCUUCCUUUUUUCGUAACUAGCUACGGUUAUCGAGCGCGUCAUUUCACCAGAUAUCCAUGUAAAUUAGUGCAAGUUUAUCGAUGUCACGAUGGAAACAAUUUCAAAGAUACUACGGGCGAAGACUCACUGAUUUGGGCUAUGGUAUUUGGUAUUGACGACGUUGGUAUCGUGAAGUAUAUCACUGAGCAGAUGUAUAAUUCUAGUUCGAUGGAUGCUACCACCCAUGACAGGUGUUUUGAAGAUCGAAUCUGAAAUAUUAAAUACUAUUAGUGGAAUGUAUGUAGAAACUAUAUGUCAGAUAAUACAAACUUUGAUGAAGUCAACUUCCAAACAUUAUUAAACUUUGCCUAGUGGGAAGAAUUGCUAUAAACAUUUUCUCAUUACAUUAUUGCUUGAAAGAUAAGUUUGAAACAC